UAUUAACCAGCUUCAAUGGCUUCUUCUUCUUCAUUAUCCACUCUCAUCAUAAUAAUGAUCAUCAUCUCCGCUAUUAGUAUUCUAGCCUCCUCUGCAAAUCUAUACGAAAAUGUGGACAUAACAUGGGGCGACGGAAGAGCCAAGAUUCUCAACAACGGAGAUCUCCUCACGCUCUCACUAGAUCAAUCCUCCGGCUCCGGCUUCCAAUCCAAAAACGAAUACCUCUUCGGCAAAAUCGACAUGCAGAUCAAACUCGUCCCCGGUAACUCCGCCGGCACCGUCACAGCCUAUUAUUUGAAAUCGCCUGGAACAACUUGGGACGAAAUAGAUUUCGAGUUCUUGGGGAAUCUAAGCGGCGAUCCAUACAUUCUUCACACGAACGUGUUCAGCCAAGGAAAAGGAAACAGAGAGCAGCAAUUCUAUUUAUGGUUCGAUCCCACCGCCGAUUUCCACACUUACUCCAUCCUCUGGAAUCCUCAGCGCAUAAUCUUUUCAGUCGACGGAACUCCCAUUAGAGAAUUCAAGAACGCGGAAUCGGUCGGGGUUCCGUACCUGAAGAGCCAGCCAAUGAGGAUUUAUUCAAGCUUAUGGAACGCCGACGAUUGGGCCACAAGAGGCGGCCUGGUGAAGACGGAUUGGACUCAGGCGCCGUUCUCGUCGUCUUAUCGGAAUUACAACGACGCCACUGCCUGCGUUUGGUCGGCUUCUGCAGCUAAGUCGUCUUGUAACGACAAUACGUUGAAAUCGCAGUCCGGCGAUGGCGGCGGCGAUGGGUGGUUGUAUGAAGAGCUGGAUAGUAGUAAUGAAGAGAGGCUAAAAUGGGUGCAAAACAAGUAUAUGGUCUAUAAUUACUGUUUUGACACUACUAGGUUUCCUCUUGGAAUACCACCAGAGUGUUCCUUGUAAUAGGAAAAUGUAAAAAACCCAUGUAUUUUAUUAUUUUCAUUCUUUAUACUAUAAUUAAAUAUUCUUUUAUUUAUUUUUCCAA